AUGGGUGGCGAUCACCAUCAACCGUUUGAAGUCCCAAACUACACCAAAUAUAGCGAUUAUCAGUCUAUACCAGAACUUGUUGCUCAUGAAAAACGAUUGGCUGCUAUUGGUUUAAAGGAUCCGUGGAUCAGAAACUAUGUUCAUGUGUUUCGUUCCGGUCCGCCACAAAGGAAGGACGUGGGCAGACAUUUUUGGAGGGUUGUAUCGCCUGGUUGGAAAUGUGGUCUACUGGUUGCAGCAACUGUUAUAGGCAUUGAAGAGGGCUAUAUGUAUUAUAAGUAUGGCCGUACAAGUUGGAGUGGUCACCACUAG